AUGCCUAAGAAAACUGAACCGAAUGGGCAAUCACCAACUCUGUUAAAACGUGCACAGGAGAAAGCAUCGGAAACGUGGAGUAAUUGGGGGAAAGCGCCCGGUGGCUGGAAGUUGAAAGUGCAUAGCUAUGGAGAGAAAAUAGUGGAUAGAAUUGACUUCGAAGAGCUUGCACUUGCCUCGAUCGAUACCUCUCUCGGACCCAAAAUUUCACAACUGGGUACACAGGAAAGCGAAGGCAAGAAAUUAUCCGAGAAACAGACCAAAACGCAUACCGUUUCAAUACCCUUGAUAUACCCACCCUCAUUCAUAUCAUCUAUCGAUCCAAUAGUCAAUCUCCGGGACCAGCUAGCGGCUCGCUCGCCCUUGCAUCGUCGAAAAACGUGGUUUUGGGUCGGAAUGAUACCCUUUACCGCACCGUUUAUGCUUAUCCCAAUCAUGCCAAAUUUGCCAUUUUUCUUCUGUGUAUGGAGAGCGUGGACACACUGGAAAGCGCAUAAGGCUUCCACAUAUCUCCUUGAGCUAUCCAACCAGGGGGCUAUACAAACCGUUCCAUCAGAAGACCUUGAUAACAUCUACUCAAAUGCUUCAAGAGCACUUCCUGGCGCAACUCAAAGAGCUAUCACAGAAAAUGACGGUAUUGAACAUGAUUCAAGCAUUACACAGCUGUUACCCGAUCCCUCCACGAUAUCUCACAUUGUCGAUGCCUAUUCGCUGCCAAAAGAGGCAAAACGUUUGCUUCUACGCGCAGUUGAACAAGCUAAGACCAGAAGUCAAUUCGACAAUACGAAACCCGAGUCCUAA